AUGGAAGUUGAUGAUGAGAGCCAUUGUCACAGGAUUAUAGAUUAUAAAGAAAAUAUUCGAGAAGCUCAAUAUUUAAAAUGUAAACACUUAUAUAGAAAAGGGAGAAUACAAGACAAUAGAGAAGGGAAAAUAGGAUACAAUAAAUGGGAGAAUGACUGGAAUUACUGGAAAGCAAGAUUAUCCAUCAAAGAUAACCAAAUUAAAUUAGUUCAACAACUCCGACUUGGCAGUAAAAGGGCAAAAGAUUUUAAAAGUAUUAAUGGAAGUGUUAAAAUAAGUAUAAAAGUUUCAGAUGAUGGAAGAGAUUCACAUGUUGAUAAUUCCGUUGUAAAAAUCCCAAUCGAGGCACAAAAAAAUACUGACAAUAUUAACCUGGAUGGCAAAAGAACCAUCUAUUUAUCUAGGGUAAACCUAGAUGGUUCUUGGUCUAUUAAAGGUUCAAAUAAUGAUUCAAAUAAUGAACGUAAAUAUAAAAAGAAAGAUGACGACUACAAAAUUAUCGAGGUUGAUAAAGAUAUCAAUAAAUCAAAAAGGUUAAGAUUAGAUGGCAAUACAAAAUUAAAAAUCAAAGAUGAUAAAAUUUAUCUUGAAUAUGAGGUAGAUGAUAAAAUUUAUCGUGAAUAUGAGGUAAACGCAGAAGAGGGUAAUAGUAACGACUUAAAAAUCGAAGAUAAAACUUUCGAAGACGCAAUGACAACUCAUUACUGGUAUGCAAUAUUAAAAAAGAAGGAAAAUCAUGAUAAGUUCUUCUUGCAAUAUGAAGUGCCCUCAGACAAAGACGUCAUGCAACUGUCUGUUGAAGGAAAUAAGCUUAUUAAUUUAAAGUACUAUGAAAAUAACGAAGACAACGAAGAUACCAAAAGAUCCACAAACAAUGAAGAUAACAAAAGAUCCACAAACAAUGAAGAUAACAAAAGAUCCACAAACAUUGAAGAUAUUAUAAAACUCACAUACGAUAAAAUGGUUUAUGAAGAAGAUUUAACUAAAAACUUCAAGUCAUUGACUAUAAAUAAUGAACGCACAGAUGAAAUGACAAUUAGUAAUGAUUAUGGCACGAUAGAAUUUAGACAACAUAGUAUCUUAAGACGUUGUCAACAUGAUAAGUACACUAUAGAACAAGAUGAUGAAACUAUCAUUAUAAGAAUUCAAGUGUACGCACAUUCGAUAGUCAAGAUAACGAAUAAAAAAGAUGAUGAUACGAAAGAAAAAGAUGACCCGAUGGUAACAAGAUUAGACCAUGGUGGCGAAUUAAAAAUUCAAAUAAAUCGGAAUACUAACGAUCAAAAUAUUGGCAAGAAUGGUGUGAAAAUUGUACUUUCUAGAAACAUCAACUUACAUAAUGGAGGAUUAUUAAAAAUUAAAAAUGGUUGCGUUACAUUCGUAGAAAUGCCAGAAAAUAAAAGGUUUAUCGACUUAACCAAACAUGGGUUCUUGAAUUUUGUCGUCUAUCAUCAUAAGAAACGUGUAGAAAAGUUACGUAAUCUAAAAAAGAAAUUGUUGCAUAACGAUAAAAGAUUAAUGUCUGAAUAA